UUGAAGGGAAUCAUAUUCAAAAGAGCUAAUGACAGAAUAUGUAAGAGAAAUAGAUAGAAAGAGAGAGAAUAAUUUGUGAUUGUGGGUUGUGGAGGGGAUUUCAAGAGGAAAGAUCUAAAGAGGGACAUUUAGUCCCUACAUAUGUUUUUGUUUUGUUGCUGAUGUUGUUGUUGCUUCUUAGACAACCACAAGAAAAUUUUCUCAGCAAAGUUUUGACCUUUGCAAAUUGGAAUAUCCAAGAAUCAUUUUUUCAUAACAGGUUUGAUUCAAUGGAUGAACGCGUUAUUCCUUCGAAUCCGUUGUUGACAACCCCAUCUGAUUAUCUCAUGGAUUUGGAUUACAUGGAUGGACUCUUUUUAGAGGGAUGUUGGUUGGAGACUACUGAUGGUAAUGAAUUCUUGCAACAUAGUCCAACCAUCUUCAACACGCCAUUUGACUCUUCUUUUAUGUGGCCUACAACUAUAGAUGCCAGCAAUGUAGAAUUUAAUGGAAUCUCAUCAAAGGAUGCCCAACAAGAAAAGCAAAGGCCAUCUUUAACUGAGAAUUUGUCGACAAACCAUUGCCAAGAACUAAAUUAUGCUAAAGUUCAGUCUUUUGGUGAGAAUAUGAACAAUGCCAUGUGCACUUCAGGUCUAUCUGAAAACCAUUUUGUUGAAGCUCCUGAGUUGAACAAAAGGUGGUGGAUUGGACCCAAAGCUUCAUCGUCUGUAAUGGAUCGAUUGUUUUGGGCACUCGGGUACAUAAGAGAUUGCUCGAGGGACAAGGAUAUCCUUCUUCAACUAUGGGUACCAGUAAACAGGGAUGGCAGGCGUGUGCUCAGCACAACUGAUCAACCUUUCUUACUAGACCUCAAUUGCCCUCAGCUUGCUAACUACCGUGAAGUCUCUGUAAACUAUCAAUUUCCUGCAAAUGAAGAUUCCAAGGAGAUUGUUGGAUUGCCAGGACGAGUGUUUGCAGAUAAAGUUCCUGAGUGGACGCCGGAUGUUAGAUUCUUCCGAAGUGAAGAAUAUCCGCGUGUUGAACAUGCACAGCAGUAUGAUGUACGUGGCACUCUUGCUGUUCCCGUAUUUGAACAAGGCAGUCGUAACUGCUUGGGUGUUAUUGAAGUUGUCAUGACCACACAGAAGAUCAAGUAUCGCUCAGACCUUGAAAGUAUGUGCAAAGCUCUUGAGGCUGUCGAGCUCUCGACUUCUGAAGUUUCAACUGCUCAGGAUGCCAAGGUAUGUGAUUUGAGCUACCAAGCCGCAUUACCUGAAGUUCAUGAGGUUCUGAAGUCUGCAUGUGAGACACAUGGAUUGCCGUUAGCUCAGACAUGGAUUCCAUGCGUUCAACAAGGCAAAGGGGGUUGCCGCCAUUCUGAGGAAAACCUUAUUCAUUGUGUUUCCACAGAGGAUUCUGCUUGCUAUGUAGCUGACCCCCGCAUUCAAGGUUUUCAUGAAGCUUGCUCUGAGCACCAUUUGCUCAAAGGGCAGGGUGUUGUUGGGAGAGCAUUCAUGACUAAUCAACCAUGCUUUUCAGCUGAUCUUACCUCUUACAGCAAGUCGGAGUAUCCACUUUCUCAUUAUGCAAAAAUGUUUGGACUGCAAGCUGCAGUAGCUAUACGUCUGCGUAGUAUCUCAACUGGUUCAUCUGAUUUUGUAUUGGAGUUCUUUCUACCCUCAGACUGCAGAAGUCCUGAAGAACAUAGAAAAAUGCUUACUUCGUUAUCAAUCAUCAUACAAAAUGUUUGCCGGACUUUGAGGGUUGUGACAGACAAAGAGUUGCAGGAAGAAACUGUUUCUAUGGGCGAAGUGGCAAACCACACAGUUGAGCAACAUAAAGAGCACACUGAAACUUCUCAAGAAAGGACAUCGUGGACCUCUUGUGACGAAGAGUUCCAGGAGAGUUCUGUUAUGUCUGCAUUCCAGGAUGAAAAAACAGAUGAAAUGCUGAGGAAAGAUUCGGUGGAGUUUAGGCACCGUAAGAAUUCUGCUUAUGAGGAGAGUGUCUCUCGAAAUCUGGGUAGAACAGGAGACAGGAGACGUGCGAAGGCUGAGAAGACUAUUACCUUGCAAGUUCUUCAGCAGUAUUUUGCUGGUAGCCUAAAAGAUGCUGCAAAGAGCAUUGGUGUUUGUCCUACCACUCUGAAGAGGAUAUGCAGGCAGCAUGGAAUUAAACGCUGGCCUUCUCGAAAGAUCAAGAAGGUUGGUCACUCCUUACAAAAGAUCCAACGUGUUAUUGAUUCCGUUCAGGGUGCCUCUGGCACUUUACAAAUUGAGUCCUUCUAUUCAAACUUCCCAGAGUUGGCAUCUCCAAAUGCAUCAAGAAUGAGCCCUUUUGCAGUCUCAAAGUCGAAUGAACAUCAAACAGCCUUGAACACGCAACAAGAGGGAUGCAUUACGAGCCCCAAUCCUGAUGCAUCUAAGUCGCCCACCUCUUCCUGCAGCCGAAGUUCAAGUUCAAGUCAAUGUUGUUCAUCCGGGACAAAGCCACAAUCUCACCCUUUGAAUAUUGUUGGCGAUGAAGAUGUAAUUGUACAGGAAGAGUCUGUAGGUAAUGCAGUGAAAAGGGUUAAAAGUGAACCAGAGCUUCAUUUAUCAAGUGAAGCACUGAAGACCAUACCAAGAUCUCAAAGCCAUGCCUGUGUCGCUGAGAAUCCUAAAUCAGAAAGCCUUCUAGUGAAUAAGAGUCCAUCGAUAUCUCAAGAAGAAGCUCCACGUGUAAAAGUAACACACGGAGAAGAAAAGAUUAGGUUUCGGAUGCAAAACAGUUGGAGAUACAGUGAUCUUUUGAGAGAAAUUACAAGGCGGUUUGGCAUAGAUGAUCCUAGUGGACUUCAACUCAAGUACUUGGAUGAUGACUCCGAGUGGGUUCUAUUAACAUGCGAUGCAGACUUGGAAGAAUGUAUUGAUGUUUGUAUGUCUUCCCAAAUGAUCAAGCUCAUCUUAGUUCAAGAUUCACAGCAUCAUUUCGGAAGCUCUUUAGGUAGCAGCAGUCCUAUAUUAGUACAGUAGACAACUGGUAUACCCCCUAGUUGCAAGUAGUUGCCAAAAUGAAUAUAGUUUCCUUUUAGGAUUAGAUUUGGUAUGAGACUGGAAGAAAUGUUGGUUGCUUAAUUGUAAAUUCAUUCUGUUUGAGUUUUCAUGUUAGUCAAUCCCUUUGACUGUUAUGAAUUAGUAUUGAGCCGUAAGGCUAUUAUUGUUUUAUCUAGAGUACUUAAAACUCAUUAUAAUUCAAAUAAAUAAUUUGUUAAAAUUUUAGUUA